CUUGGCGCCCAUUCGACAUCUACUCUCAUUUCUUGUUUAAUAUUUUACUUAGGGGCUCAGUUUACUAUAAAAACCUACAUACAACUCUGGAAUAAACCAGCUUUCGCACCCCACAGUUCAGAGCUCAUUCGCACUCGUCUCAACCAUCGAAAUCGUCUUCGUCGACUACCGAAAACUUGUCAUCCUCGUCGUUCGGCCUCAUUCGCUACGCCUUCAAUUUCUAAAGUCAUCACUUACAAUUCCUUGUGUAUCAGAUACUAG